AAAAGAAUCAGAUAGAAAGAAAAACCAUAAAUUAACUGUAAAUUCUUCUAUCCUCCUUGCCAUCGAUGUCUCCUUCAAUGGCUGUCCUCCUGGUCAUUAUCUUUUUGUCCUUCUCUUCCACUGCCUUCUCACAAUCCCCAUCUGACACCUUCACUCCCAAAGACAACUUCCUCGUUGAUUGUGGUUCAGAUAAUACAACUGAGGUCCCAGAUGGAAGACAAUUCCAAUCAGAAUCACAAACCAGUUCAUUGUUACAAGCCAAAGACGGUUAUAAAGUCUCAGCCAAUGACGCCAAUGUCUCCUCUCCUAUUUACUCAAGCGCGAGGAUUUUCAAAGAUGAAGCUAAAUACUCCUUCAAUUUGACUCAGCCAGGCUUCCAUUGGGUUCGCCUACAUUUCUACCCUAUAAAAAACAAUGUCUUCGAUCUUCAGCAAGCUUCAUUCUCUGUAAAUGCAAACAAAUAUGUUCUGCUUCAUAGCUUCAAUGUGGACAAUAACAGCAACCCUAUCCUCAAGGAAUACCUCAUAAACGCAACUGAAGCUCAAUUCACCAUUUCGUUUCUUCCCUUGAAGAAUUCUGCUGCUUUUAUCAAUGCCAUUGAAAUCGUUUCAGCUCCGAACAUCUUGAUCGCCGACAAAGGCGCUGCCCUGUUCCCCGUCGGCGACUUCAACGGCCUGACCUCUUACGCUUUCCAACCAGUGUACCGACUGAACAACGGCGGACCUUUGAUCACUUCUACGAACGACACGCUCGGGAGGGUUUGGGUCUCCGAUCAGCCUUUCCUCACCAACAGCAACAUGGCGAAGAGCGUCUCUGUAGCUACAGAUGCCAUCAAAUUCCCCAAUAGCCCAUCAAUUUCUCCUGUAAUCGCACCGCAAACCGUAUACGCUUCCGCCACCGCAAUGGCCGAUAAUUUGACCAACACAAAUUACAACCUCACAUGGAAAUUCGACGUGGACAAUUCAUUCAGCUACCUCGUCAGACUGCAUUUCUGCGACAUUGUCUCGAAGAGCCUGAACGAUCUCUACUUCAACGUGUAUGUGAAUCAGAAAAUGGCGGUCUCUAAUUUGGAUUUGUCGGCUAUUAACGGAGCUCUGGCAGUACCGUAUUUCAAAGACAUUGUAGUGGACGUGUCAUUGAUGACAGGAGGAUUAACUGUUCAGAUUGGACCGGCAAAUUCGGCAAAUGCAAUAAUGAACGGAAUUGAGGUGAUGAAGAUGAGCAAUCCAGUGAAUAGCUUGGAUGGGGAAUUUGGAGUUGACGGAAAGGAAGGCGACGGAUCAAACCGUACGGCAGUGGCGGCGGUCGGGUUCGCCAUGAUGUUUGGAGCAUUUGUAGGUCUGGGUGCUAUGGUCAUCAAGUGGCACAAGAGGCCUCAAGACUGGGACAGAAGGAAUAGCUUCUCUUCAUGGUUACUUCCUCUCCAUGCAGGUGAUGGAAGCUUUAUGGGAGGCAGCAAGACCUCAGGUUCCCACUUGAGCACAUCAGCAGGGUUAGGCAGAUAUUUCUCUUUGGCAGAAUUACAAGAAGCAACUAAGAACUGGGAUCCUAAAACCAUCAUCGGUGUCGGUGGAUUCGGUAACGUUUUUCUUUGUGUGAUUGAUGAUGGAACUCAGGUUGCUGUUAAAAGAGGAAACUCAGAUUCCGAGCAAGGAAUCACCGAAUUCCAGACAGAAAUUCAAAUGUUGUCCAAGCUCAGACACAGACACCUCGUAUCCUUAAUUGGCUAUUGCGACGAAAAUGAAGAAAUGAUAUUGGUUUAUGAGUACAUGUCGAAUGGACCCUUGAGGAACCAUUUGUACGGCAAGAAUUUGCCCCCUCUUUCGUGGAAACAAAGGUUGGAAAUCUGUAUCGGAGCAGCCCGUGGACUUCAUUAUCUUCACACGGGUACUGCACAAGGCAUCAUCCACCGUGAUGUCAAAACCACCAACAUUCUUUUGGAUGAUAGCUUCACAGCUAAAGUAGCUGACUUUGGGCUUUCCAAGGAUGGGCCAAUGGGCCAAGGACACGUCAGCACAGCAGUGAAGGGUAGUUUCGGGUAUUUAGACCCAGAGUACUUCAGAUUGCAGCAAUUAACAGAUAAAUCUGAUGUGUACUCGUUUGGGGUAGUGCUAUUAGAGGCGCUUUGUGCAAGGGCCCCCCUUAACCCUCAAUUGCCCAGAGAACAAGUGAAUUUGGCUGAUUGGGCAUUACAGUGCAAGAGAAAGGGCUCGAUUGAGAAGGUUAUGGACCCUUUACUAGUAGGAGCAUGUGACCCAGAAUCAGUAAACAAGUUUGCUGAGGCUGCUGAGAAGUGUUUGGCUGAUAGUGGGGCAGAUAGGCCUUCCAUGGGAGAUGUGUUGUGGAAUUUGGAGUAUGCUUUGCAACUUCAAGAGGCUUUCUUGCAGGCAAAAGAUGACAAUGAGAGUGACACAAAAUACCCUCAUGAUCUCCCAAUUUCUCCUCAAGAAGCAAAUAAUAAUAAUAAUGAUGGUGAUGACGCAAAAGAGAAGCAAGAUGUUAGUAUUGAAAUACACUCUGAAACUACCAUGUUUGAUCAGUUGUCUAAUGUUACUGCUAGGUGAGAUUGAGAAUCGCAGUUGUCUUAACACCUAGGCUGCUUCAAAUUUGAACAUAUUAAGUUGUCUCGAAAUAUUGGUAAUAUGAAGACAGAUAUUAGAUG